AUGUCACGAAAAAAAAUCAAUGAUGGUCUGGAGGGACGUAUUUUAGCUGUACUGCAACUAAAAUACUCUCAGCCACAAAUAGUUAAGAUUUUGAAAAAAGAUGGAAUCAAUGUAUCUCAACAAACUGUAUCUAACAUUAAACGAAAUAUUGGUCUUCAACGUAAUUCAGUUGAAAAAAUUAAAUUUUCUCAACAGCGACCAGUGGCUACGCCAUCGACCGUAUCAAAAGUAAUUCAAGCAAUUGACGUUAAUGAUCCUCCUACUCAACGUUCUAUUGCCAAAUCUUGUUACGCCAUUCAUAAACUAACACCAUCGAACGCUGAAAAACGUCGUCGACGUGCACCUCGACUUUAUCGACAAUUAGCUAAUAAUCGUUACAAAAAGUUCAUAACUACCGAUGAAUCUUGGUUCUAUCUCGAUGGUACUGAAGGAAAAAGAAAAGUUUGUUACAUAAAAAAGUCUGAUCCGGAUUAUGAAAAAAUGAUACUUCAACAAGAUUCGUCUCGUCCACAAGGAUUUCUGGUAUGGGCUGGCAUCUCAUCUUAUGCUAAGACCUCUCUUCGUUUUGUUAAACCUGGUGUCAAAAUUAAUUCAGAUUACUACAUUAACAAUAUUUUGAAACCAUUUUUAUCACGGGACGUUCCUCGUUUGUUUUGA